AUAGAUUUGUUCGUUCAAAAUCGGGGAGCUAGCUACGCUUCUACUUGCCACUCCCUUUAUCACUCAUAAUCUACAAUCUAUUUAUACAUUCAAAAAAAUUAAGAAGGCAAUAACUGAAGAAGAUGGAAGGAAGAAGCUUGGAGAAUACUCCGACUUGGGCUGUGGCCGUUGUUUGCUUCGUUUUGCUCUCGGUAUCUAUCAUCAUCGAAUACAUCUUCAAUAUAAUAGGAAAGUGGUUGAAGAACAAGCACAAAAGAGCGCUGCAUGAGUCACUUGAAAAGAUCAAAUCAGAACUUAUGUUAUUGGGGUUCAUAUCGCUGCUUCUAACGGUAGGACAAAGUGUAAUAUCGAGGAUAUGUAUAUCAGAAAAGGUCGCCGGAACAUUCCACCCCUGCACUCACCAAAGCGACCACAAAACCGAUGCCCGGAUAUUACUAUCGGAGCUUUUCGGUUCCGAUCAUGGCCAAAAUCAACGCCGUAUUUUGGCUGCCGGAGGAACUGACAAGUGCGCGGCUCAGGGUAAAGUUCCGUUUGUCUCAUCAGAGGGCAUUCAUCAACUUCAUAUAUUUAUCUUCGUGCUGGCUGUUUUUCACGUUCUUUACUGCAUUCUCACUCUGGCUCUUGGUAGAGCAAAGAUGAGAAGAUGGAAACGAUGGGAAGAAGAAACAAAAACAACACAGUAUCAAUUUUCACACGAUCCAGAACGGUUUAGAUUUGCAAGAGAAACAUCGUUCGGAAGAAGACACUUGAGUUUCUGGACUCAAAAUACUGUCCUUGUUUGGAUUAUUUGUUUCUUCAGGCAGUUCGUACGCUCAGUUCCUAAAGUUGAUUACUUGACCUUGAGGCAUGGAUUUAUGAUGGCACAUUUGGGGCCUCAAAGUCGCCACAAAUUUGACUUUCGGCAAUAUAUUAAAAGAACUUUGGAAGAAGACUUCAAAGUGGUGGUUGAAAUCAGUCCUCCAAUAUGGUUCAUCACAGUGCUUUUUCUCCUGUUUCACACACAUGGCUGGUACUCUUAUCUGUGGCUGCCAUUUGCUCCUUUGAUCAUUGUUCUAUUAGUGGGAACUAAGCUGCAAGUGAUAAUAACGAAAAUGGGUCAAAGAAUUCAAGAACGUGGAGAGGUCGUAAAGGGUGUGCCACUGGUUCAACCUGGGGAUGAUCUCUUCUGGUUUAACAAACCUCGACUCAUUCUCUACCUCGUCAAUUUCGUGCUCUUUCAGCAGAACUCUUUCCAACUCGCCUACUUUUCAUGGACUGCGCUUCAGUUUGGGAUGAAAUCUUGUUUCCAUUCGCAGACGGAGGAUGUGGUGAUCAAAAUCUCAAUGGGGGUUUUCGUUCAAUUCCUCUGCAGCUACGUAACUCUUCCUCUCUAUGCUCUCGUCACACAGAUGGGUUCGACCAUGAAGCCAACCAUAUUCAACGAACGAGUAGCCAUGGCUCUGAGGAAUUGGCACCACGGAGCCAAGAAACACGUAAAGCAACAGAACCGUAGAUCACAGUCGCAGGCCCCUUUGUCAGGGCCCACAACCCCCGAUCAUUCUAUGUCUCAGGCCCAUCUCUUACGCCGUUGGCACAGUGAAAUGGACACCUAUCCCACUGACUCUGAAGCCCAUCGUCCCUGUGAGAUCGAUUUAGGCCCAUCAUCCAAGGUGCAUCAUCAGGAAAUGGAAAUGGAUCAGCUGGACCAUGGCCCACCACAAAAUGUCAAUGACCAGACUCAACACGAGAUUAAUAUUGAACAUGGCAAGGAGUUUUCGUUUGAUAAUAGAUGAUUAAGAUUUUACAUAGCACUUAGAUUUUACAUUAAAAGCUUGUAUAAAACUUGAAAAA